AUGGAAUUUACUGGUACCAUUGCCACACCUACCAGCGCGUACCCAAGUUUUCAUCCAUUUGAUCAAUCGAAGUUGUUUCAUUCGGAUAUUCCAUCACCACCACCAUACCCCUCGCUCUUGUCCACCACCCAAGCUCAAGCUCACUGCCACACUUCAGUGCCAUCACAUCAUUCAUCGGGUUGUCUGCAUUCUGAUCCAUCCUCACCUUCGCCUAUCAUCCAACCCGCCGUCACUGGGGCUUUCAUCAAUCAACACCAUCAGAAUCAGCAUUUGGCUGGAAAUGCGUAUGAAGUCAGCUCUGAAGAAGAUCUUCCUCGCUGGGAAACUAGCCCUCGUUCUCCAUUCUCGUCGGAUUCUUCCAUACACCUGCAUCAACUACCCGCGUCUGCACUCUUACCUUCAGCAGUCACGUCUUCUCCGGGGAUCUUGACGUACGAGUACUCCUACCCUGCCUCAAUUUACCAUCACCCAAAUUCAACCACAGCUAGCUAUCAUCCACAUUCCCUUCCUCCCCCAACUCCACCGGCACCGGCUCCGCUCAACGUUCUUCCGGGGUCUUCGUCUUCCAGCGUCUCGUGGGGGACCUCUCAUGCUACACAUCCUUCUUCUAUAGCAAGCGCACCAAUUGGUCAUCCUGAUCCACGAAGUAGAAGCUGGUCUCCCGACUCUUAUGAGCGCGCUUCGAACAUUCAUCAUUUAGAACUUAAGCGCCCGAGAACAGACCCGGAUCUGUUCAACUAUGCCGGUCCACCGUUAUCAACUUCUGAACCUUUCCUACUACCAUAUGAAGGCUCUUAUCCUGCUGCAUCCCUCUCAAAACACCGCUCUUCUGGUGCUUCUCGUCGGUUGGUUGAGGCUCAAUUUGAUAGCCCUACGGUGAUAACAUCAUUGAAGAAAAAAAAGCGCGAGGUUCGUGAAGCAUCAGCUACUUGUGGAAGAUGUGGUCGUAUGAUGGGUCGUCUCACCCUCCGAGGAAGCGCUGAAGAGAUGGUGGUAAGCGGUGGCUACGAAAUUGUCCAAACAUGCCGAGAAUGUCAAGGCAUCAGCGGCACUGCAGUCUCCGGUGGCGUGGAAAGGCAAGUCCAUAUCCCUUUUGGUGGAUGUACCACUUUCACCGUCCAGAUCCCAACAAGCACGACGAUGCGCAAGCGAAAUCGACGGACCGACGACGUCACUGCACCUACAACUUGCGAUUGCUGCGGUAGGCAACUAGGCGUAGGAGGAAUAGUGGCCCGAAACGGACGCUCAGCUAUCCAGUUUGCAGUCGAAGUUGUUUGUGUUGGAUGUGUAGAACGAUAUAGAAGAUGUACGGACUGCGGUGGCGGAGGCGGUAGUCGCCUAGGUGUUGGAAAGUGGAGAUGCAAGGAGCUGUUCUCUGAUGGCAGACGAACAUGUGUACUGUCGCAUCAACGUCAAGGCGGGAAUGGAGCAGGAGAGAUACGUAACGUCGUCUGGUCAGUGGGACAGAUAGACUUGGACGAAGUGAUUGAACAAGUCAAAGAGUUGGUCAAGCACUCACUAUAUGCAGCAUUGGCAACUCCCGAGAUGCUCGAGUCAGGAGUUGCCAGGGUGACCAAAUUUGAUGACAUCAACACCAUGUAUCUCAAUGGAUGGAAACGAAUCGAAUGCAUGAUGAAGAACGAUGUAGAGGCAAGGGAAGGAAGACGGAGAUAUGUUGGAUUACGAUGGUCGAAGCCGCAUCCUCGAAAGGGACCCAAGAGACAGACGCUCCCGGUUCCAGUGAGCGAGGAACCAAAGAAACGAACCCUCGUAGAGCCGGGGAAAGAGCUGACCGGAUUUGUGCUAGCUGAGUGGGAUAUGGAGAAAGGGACAAUGUUCAUUGCUGUUGCUAUGCCUUGGCAAAGUGGUGAUGCGCUUGAGUCGACCUCUUGCUUAUCACACGAGACCUUGCUCGUCGCACGAGCUGAUCGCGCGGAACUGAUCCAGCGCCUCGUAGGGUCGGGCCAAAUGACCAACGAAGAAGCCAUUGAGCGAUUGCCCCCGAUAGAGCACCUUUAG